AACGAGAAGGGCUCCUCAAAGAGCAAUAUCUCUGAGUUGGAGCUUUUCGCUGAUAAUGGUGACGUGGUGCUUGAUCCCGCAGAAGCCUCGCGAAUCAGAAAAAAGAUCGACUGCAAGCACAUAUUCUCUUGUGCUCAACGCGCAUUCAGUAACAUGAUCACUGAUAGAUGUUCUUAUGCCUCUUAUGUGCACUUUGUACUUUAUUCAAUACCUUGACAAGAGUACCUUGGGUAGUUCUUCCAUCCUUGGAAUCUUAACCGCUACACAUCUUGACGCAAACGAGCUGAGCACUGUGUUUUAUCUGAGCUACCUCGUUUUCGAAUAUCCUCAAAAUCUAGCUCUCCAGAGAUUCCCUGUUGGAAAAUGGCUGAGUUUGAACAUAUUCAUUUGGUCAGUUGCCCUCUGCUGCCAUGCCGCAUGUCGAAACUUUAGGGAGCUCGUCGUCGUACGAAUUAUCCUUGGGAUGUGUGAGGGAUCGAUUACAGCUGGCUUUCUAUUGGUUAGUUCCAUGUUUUAUACCCGGAAUGAGCAAAUGCUUAGGGUGGGCUAUUGGUAUCUCAUGAACGGGACGGCACAAAUUGCGACUGGGUUCAUCAGUUUUGGUGUCUUGCAUAUUCAAACCAGUGGCUUCCAACCUUGGCAAUGGCUGAUGAUCAUCACUGGAAUCUUAAGCUUUAUUACCGCGGCCGCGUUCUGGUUCUUGUUCCCCGAUUCGCCGACUACAGCAUGGUUCCUUACGCCUGAAGAGAGAGUCACAGCCAUUCAAAGAGUCAAGGUGAACCAAACCGGGGUUGGAAAUAAGCACUUUAAGAAGGAACAAUUUUACGAAGCCAUACGGGACCCUAAAACCUGGGGUUUCGCCCUUUUCUCUGGAAUAUCUAACGUCACCAAUUCUAUCUCAGCACAAUCUCCAUUAAUCACGGCUUCCUUUGGGUUCACUUAUCUCCAAACUUCAUUACUGGGUAUCGUCGGCGGCCUCAUAGAGAUUUGUACCAUCUGGACUGGAGUCAAUAUUUGUGCAAGGAUUCCGAAUAGUCGGGCGUACAUUGGGGCCAUAUACAUCCUGCCCAACAUCGUUGGGCUGCUCAUGGUUAAUCUUAUCAACUGGAAUGAUAGGAUCGCGCUUCUAGCGGGACAGUAUCUGAACGGUCUUGGGACCACAUCUUUUGUUCUGAUGCUUUCAUGGCUUAACGCCGUUACCGCUGGUCAGACUAAAAAAAUAACAGUAAACGCGAUCAUGCUUUGCGCAUACUGUAUUGGAAACGCCGCUGGCCCUUUUAUGUGGAAACAAAAAUAUAAGCCAAGAAAUCACGUCCCGUGGGCCGUUAUCGGAGCCUGCUAUGUCUCUACUAUAACUCUUCUCCUACUCCUGCGACUGUACAUGUCCCGUGAGAACCGAAAGCGCGACGCAGAACCUCAGGACGAGGCGGCGGACACCGAUGUUUAUGUGAAACAAGAGUCAGCGGAGGGAGAUAUAGUCAAGAUGUUAAAAGUGGACAAGGGAUUCCUGGACAUGACUGAUGUACAGAACAGGAGCUUCAGAUAUGUUCUGUGAUUAAAUACGUAUAUCAUGACAAACCGUCUGCUUUCAGGAAAUGUAAAUGAUCGGGUCAGAGUUACAUACGUCUGUACAAAGGCUGUGACCCUUGAACGCAAGAUGAAUUAACGAUACGUUCGAAAAUCACCGACUGAUCUUCUCCGAAAAGAUCCUGAAUAUGUAUGCAAGGGUUUCAUUUGACGAAGAAUCCAUGUCCGCCACUUGUAUUACAAUGCUAAGGAGGAGAAAAUUUUCGAUGA